GUGAAAGAGAGAGAGACAGAGAGAGUGAAAGAGAGAGAGAGAGAGAGAGAGAGAGAGAGAGAGAGAGAGACAGACAGACAGACAGACAGACAGACAGACAGACAGACAGACAGACAGACAGAAAGAGAGAGAGACAGAGAGAGUGAAAGAGAGCGAGAGUAAUUCUGGUAAAGGCUAUAAAUUCCGUGAUAUAAAGUCUUCAUAGGGAUCAGUCAGACCUCUACAACCUACAGAUACACCACUCUAGACACAACCUACAGGAAACUACACAAGACUAACAAGGCAACAAGAUAACCCUUGAUAUUCUGCGGUGUGGGUUUCUGGGUAAGAUGAUGAUGUCAGUGAAAGCCAGUGUGUUCUUGCUGGUGCUCUACUUUACCACACAGAUUUCAGGAUUGAAGGUGAAGUCAGAUCCAGAAGUCAGUGGAGGGUUUGUCCAUACAGAGCUGGAGAAGACAGUGUCUCUGACCUGUCUGUCUGAGCCCCAGGAGGCAGAGCUGGUGUGGCUGAGGAACGGUCAGCUGAUCAGCAUUGCAGAGGGCAACACCUGGGGCAGCAGCAGGCUCUGUGUCACGCCUGUAACCCACGACGACCACGCCGCCAUCUUUACCUGCCAGAUGAAGAACAAUGCCAGCGUCAACGCCUCAGUCCAGCUGGAGGUCACCUACGCCCCGUUGCACUCUGGGAAGGAGGAGGUGUCGGUGGAGCAGACGAGGGAGCUGGAAUUGUCAUGUGACGUCUUUGCCAACCCCCCCGUCUUGGUAUCUUGGCAACAGCACGGAGACCCCAUCGACCUAUCAGAGGGCGGCUUCCUACUGACCAAUGACGGCUUUACGUCUCGUCUGAAGGUGGGCCGGGUGGACAGGGCGGUACACCAAGGUCCCUACAGCUGUGUGACGUCAUCGCCCAUUUACCCAAAUCGCACCAAAUCUUUUGAAGUCACCGUCACAGACAAGACCCUUCAGUUCCAGACAGACCUGAUCUUUCCUAUGAUAGCAGGCCUGGUGGUGAUAGGCUGUACCACAUUGCUCGCCAUCAUCUCUCGCUGGAGUUGGAUCACACAGUGCUGCAAGUAGGAGGAUCUGAGCCCGCCACACCUCCGACCACAGCCAAUAAGAUCAGAGAAUAUGACCAUGAAUCCACUCCAUUGGACAGAGGGAAACCAUGAGGUGUUCUAUACUGAUGAAUAGCUGUUGGGAUGAACUGUAUGAGUGAUUUCAUUGAUAUAAUCUACUGUUGUGAUAUGAAAAUAUUGUAUUUCUACUUCAAAUUAAAGAGAAACUCAUUCAUAUAUUUAA